GUGAUGAAUGGAAUGAACGGCUUUUCGACUUGCGUUGGAGAUGGACAGGACACUCACAAUGGGGAGACUGGCAAUGAUGUGUGUGAUACCCAGUGGGAGAAACUUGGAGCAUGGUUUAUAGGACCAACAGCUGAAAAUAUAGACAAUUUCUGUGAAUUAGCCAUUGAAUCAAUUCGACAAAAUGUCAAACCACACAACUACUUUCCAAAUGAUCCUAAGAUGAUCUCUCCCGAAGUGAAAUCGUCAACAAAUUACAAAAAGGAAAUGGAAAAAACGAAAAUGGAACUUAAAUGCCUGAAUGACGCACUCACUGAAUCCAUACCAUACGCUAGUGUCAGAUACCAGGGUCAUAUGGUGUCAGAAGCGACGUUGCCUGCCAAAUUAGGUUACUUGGCAGCAUGGAUGACCAACGCUAACAAUGCAGCCAGCGAACUUGGUCCUGUAACAACGCGACUGGAAAUAGAAGUAGGAAAACAGCUCUGUGACAUGAUUGGUUUUGAGCAGACACACAAUCCAUGGGGACAUAUCACAAACGGCGGAUCCACGGCGAAUAUAGAGGCUUUGUGGGCGUCAAGGAAUAUCAAAUUCUUUCCAUUGGCGUUACAAAAGGCCAUUAAAGAAGAGCGACUGUUAUCCAAUGCUAAGGAAAUCAGCGUGUUCAUUCCCAGACUAGGGAGAAAACAGAAAAUCAGCAGCACCUCCACUUGGGACUUACUGAAUCUGGACCUGGACGACAUCGUAGGAUUACCUCAUGAAAUUCAACGACUGACGAGGAAAACUGCGACCGAUCUCAAAGAUGUUAUCAACAAGUACACACUCGCCCACAACGGAUUUGUCCAGUUUUACCUCAUGCACGGCCUCAGGACGGCGCCAAUAAUUAUAGCUUCGGCGGCUAAUCACUUUUCCUGGGGAAAGGCUGCGACACUGGUGGGUAUCGGGGGUCGUAACCUCGUCUGUGUCCCCUUCGAUCAAAAUGCACGGUUGGAUGUUAUAGCACUGCGGAAACUCUUAGAUGAAAAGUUGGCCAAGAAGGUACCGCUGAUUUCAGUGGUAUGUGUGGUUGGUACGACAGAGCACGGAGCCGUAGAUCCUAUUUCAGACAUCCUCAACCUUAGAGCUGAAUACAGAGCAAAGGGACUCAACUUUUACAUACUAGCAGAUGGGGCCUGGGGAGGUUACUUUGCUACCUUGUUAAGAAAACCUAAAGAUGGUGACCAAUUACUGCCUAAUUUUCCUAUUAGUAAAUACACACGAGACCAACUGAACUGUCUAAAGUUUGUGGACACCAUGACCAUAGAUCCCCACAAAUCUGGAUACUGUCCUUAUCCGGCCGGGGGUCUGUGUUACAGAAACGGACAUAUGAAGUCAUUCAUCGCCUUUGCUACAGACAUGGUGUUCAUGGAUGCCAAUACGGUUAUCAAUUGUAGUGGAAUCGAGGCAUCCAAACCGGGGGCGGGGCCGGCCGGAGUGUACCUAGCUCAUAAGGUGAUUGGAUUGCACAGUUCCGGCUAUGGACGAAUCUUGGGACAGUCGAUGCUUGGUGCUAAACUAUUUUACUGUGCCUGGCUGACUGCUGCCAAUACCGACGACAGCUUUGUAUGUGUUCCUUUGACUCCGAUCCCUGAAGCGUUUGACUACGACGAGGAAUCAGCUAAAGAGUUUAUCAGAGACAGAAUCCUCCAUGCAUCGUAUGAGGACAUUGUGACGGAUACAGAGGUGAUGAGUUUUCUGUCAGAGGUCGGUCCUGAUGUAGCCAUCAACGCCUUUGCUGUUAACAUGAAGGGCAAUACCAGUGUUGACAAGUGCAACCGUCUCAACAUGGCCGUGUUUGACAGACUGUCCCAGACAGAUCUCGAACGUAAGACCGUUCGUGAUGUGCCACUCUUCCUUACAAAAUCAAGACUGACUCAAAAAGAAUGCUUCAAAAUAUCGAAUUCCUUCAAAAAGCGUCUUGGAUUAUCGGCCGAGUCUGGCGGUGUCCUCAGUUUUCUGAAGAACACCGUUACUAACCCCUGGACGGCGGCUGACCACACGAUACAGAUGCUUGUCCUAAACUUCCGGAAGGUUGUCAUUCAGUGUGUCACAGAGAUUGAUUGACAAGUCUUAAGGAACCGCAAAGAAUUCACAUCGCCAUAAACUGUACACACGUAAAACAAGUAGUUAAUUUGAUAUAGUUAUAUACCUGUACAUUUAAACUACCUCAGUAUGUAUUAGUUGGAGAACAACGGAAACCAAUGUGGAAGAUUAUUUUUGUAUUGCUGUAACGGGUUUUCCUCAUAUUUAUUUGAAAUAUUCAUAAUGUGUGUACAAGUAACAUGCACGUAAAUUCAAUUCUAACAGUGUGGACAAUUAUAUUCAAUUGUAGUUCAAACCACGUAGUUUAUAUAUGAUGUGAAAUAUGGUUUAUCGACAUAAUAUUUCAGCUGACUUUCUUUAUCACACUUUCGUCCUACGACUAAAUAGUUACGACUAGCUAUGAUAUCACAAACUGUCACCAUUAAAGGAACAGCAAGUUUAGAUAGCCGUGCUACAUAUCCGAUAAAGAGCAAUGGGCUUUAUUUCAACAACAAUACGCUGCUUAUACGACGCUGAAAGAAAAUUCUUAACGCUAAUGCCACCAUUCAUAUUAAGCUUAAGCUUUUCCCCCAUUUUGUUAAAAUCUGAAUAAAUUCCCGAAUUUAUCGUGAUUCGUCCCUACAUAUUGUAUCUAACCUCCGGUUUUAUAAGUACUCAUUUUGGGGUCAUUCUAGUUUAUUCAUUUGCUAAUUAAACAUAUUUCUAUAUCAUUGA